UUAAUCAGUAUACAUAACAUACAACUACUCUGAAUAACAAGUAUAAACAAAGAACAACGGUUCAUUGAGAAGAUGUAUUGGACACUUACAUUGUUUUUUGCUUCGAGUCUCAAUGCGUGUGUUGUUGCUGUCGAGCAAGAAUCAAGCAAGGCGAACGAUUACCUUACUGAGAAGUGGGGAAAGUGGUUUGAUUGUGAUGAUUUCAAUCACGAUGGAAUACUUUCAAUGGAAGAUCCUAAGAUAUUUGAGGAACGUUAUAGAGCUCUUGAAAAUCUGAGCGAUAAGCAAUUGAAGACGAUUAUUGACAAAAUGAAUAGACUAUGGAACGCCUUUUUCUUUACAAACAAGACAGAAAUGUCCAAAGAUGACUUUAUAAACAUGAUGAAACAAAGAUUUGAAUCCAACACGACUGCAUUUAAUGAGAUGGUGCGUGCGUUUUUAUCAGAAUGGUGCGAAGUGAUAGACAUAAAUGGAGACACAUUCCUUUCAGAAGAAGAAUUCCUUUUAAACUUUGCUGCUGAAAAACAUACAAAUAUCCCACAAAAUAAGCAGCUUUUCUACAUGAUGAAGCCUUUAAAUGGGCGUGUUCCAAAUGUCGAUAUCAUAACAUAUUAUUUACGCUUUGCAACUGAGCCGGAUAUGGCAAAACAGGACAUAAUUGUUGAUGCAAUAAAUUCUGGUGUUUGAAAUAAUAUUAGUUCCUUGAAAUAUUCGAUGAGACUUAUUUGAAAAAAAAUGGUAAUAAAUCGUGUAUUCUCACACCAGAAUAUAAGCGUCCUUAUAAUUACGAGAAAAAUAUUAUUAAAACAUUUCUAUUUUAGGCUGUUAUAAAGCCCCGACAAAUCAAAAAGAAGUGCUAACAUAAUUUAUAAAUAAGAGUAGCAAAUGGAAACAAAAACAUCAAUAAAAAUCAACAAAGAUAAAAAAAAAUAAUAUAAAUAAAAUAUAUCAAAAGAAAAUAAACACAAUAAACAUAAAUGCACACUUAUUCAAAUAUUCGCAGUACACCGCAUUGUUUUGGUUGUUACUGUGGUUAAUAUAUAUGUUUGACUUUAACCAUGACUUUACAUACCAUUAUUUUCCAUCCUGAUAAAGCCUUGCAUCUCUCUUUCCUUUCUACAAUAUUGGCGUUUAUUUUUUUUUUCAGACUCUGUCCUAAUUUGGAG